AGCAGGUCUCAGACUAGCUGUCAGCUUGCCCAGCUCAGGUUUCAGGGAGACCGGACAUCCCUGACAGAGAACAGCUGUAAUAGAGCAAAGGCAAUGGCGCUCCAUGGCGUCCUGUUAAAGGUCUGCAUGGCUGCCUCGUGGCCAAGCAUCCUUGUCAGCUUGAGAUGUUUCCAGAGAUAUCUUGACCUGUUUUCUCUGACAUCUUGGCAAGGUUGCAGGCAUCGGCAUCCCUUGUAUGGAUGUCAAGUGUCAUGGCUUCUUUUUAAGGUUGUCAACGUUGCAGCCCAGCUAUUUCAUCACGUCCAGAGCUCAUACCAUUGAAUAUAAGAAGCCAAUGCAAAGGAGGCAAGCCAGUGGCAGCAGGCAAAGACAAGGUGUCCUUCACAGCUUGAGGAGCAGAGCUAAGAGGCGCACAAGCGAGCAAUGGAGAGGUUUCACGAGUGCCUUGAAUAAGUUGGCUGGGCCUGGUUCUAAUCAUGUAGGAGUCUCCAAGCUUGGCCAACCGGCCUAGGAUUACCUGGAAAAGGGUCAUUCAAGCAACCAGCGCCUGGGAAGCGGAGGCGCGCCAUGGAAUCUGGAGAAAGUCUGCCGCUGCAAGACAUGGCCACCAGUGACUCGCCACACGUCGUGCAGAUGCAGGCGGGAACCAGCCCUGCAAAGCAACUCAGGCCGCGCUCAUCUGAUCUCUCGCCAGAUGCGGGUACCCGCAUUGCCAACCCUCGUGAGGUGGACAGCGGUGAGAAAGAUGGUGCAAAGUCAAACAUGGCUUCUGCGAGGUCUGCGGACACUUCAAGCGCAUCCCAUGACAAGGCUUUCCCCCUCUCGACCGUCAAAGAGCUCGUGGCAAGUGCGCGGAGAGGCUCUGGCACGAGAGACCACCGCAUCUUCCGGAAGGUGGCGGGGGCCCUGUGCCGGCGCGCUCGAGAGGAGCUCCGGUCUGCAGGCCUUCUCUGGUCGAAGGCUGCCUGGGAUGGGGGGCUGCAUGCGGCGAUGGCUGGUCUUGAGGGGCUCGCGGGCACUGCAGAUGCACGCCUGGAACAGGGCUUUGAAAGGGUCUUGACUUCGAUCAAGCAGGCCCAUCUGGAGGGGCUGCAGAGAUCGGCAAGCGCAUCCCGUGGAUCUCGUAGGGCGCCCGCGAGCCCAGCGCCCGCGAGUCGAUCGACCACGAACCAGGCCCGCCCCCCAGCUGGUGGCACAUCAAGGAGAGCAAGGAUGGCGAGGGAGGAACUGGCCACCUACCUCUUUGGGGACAAGGUUCCAUACGGUCUCCUCUGCAAAGACUGCAGCUCUCCCGCAACCUGUGCGCGACGCGGGGGCAAGGGAGGGGGCGACAUCAAGUGCUUCUGCGAGAUACAUGAGCGAUCGAAUCCUGGCAAUCCUGGCUGCUUUAAGUUGGAAAAGACCCGGGCAGCAUGCGACGCGUAUCAGCACGACAAUCCUUGCUGGGAUACGACCCCGAAGAGCAGGCUCCUCAUUGCAAAGCUUCUGCUGAUAGGCGGCAUCGAAAGCAAUCCCGGGUGGCCAGCGUCCCAGUCACAAAAGAACGAGAACAAGGACGGACCUGCACCCAAUGUCAGCCUUCGUCGUCCGCUUGUGAUUCUGCCCUCUCGAGAGGACGUCGAACGGAGCUGGCAGCCAGCAUGUGAUCAGCGUGGUGUUCCUGACAAGUUCCUGGAGUAUCUGACGAGGAAGCAACAGAUGAACCCCAGCCUUGCAAUUCCCAAGGGGGGCCUUGCCCCUGGAACGUGUGAAUCCGGGGUGAAUGAGGGCAUCACUCAAUCUGUGUCUUCAGGGGAGAAGCCAAGCGCGAACAAGGCGCAAGACGAGAAGGAGCUCGACCAUCAGGACAUGGUAGAAAAGGGCCCCUUCACUGCCUUGUUGGAAAGCAACUUCGCCGCGGAAGAGAGUCAGCUGUCGACUUCAGUGAGAGGGAUAGCUCGCGUUGCUGAUGAGAGCAAGGGUUGCAGCGCCACAAAAGAGGAAAGCGGCAGCAAACAGCGGUGGACGACGAGUGCGGCCGACGAGUCCGAUUUCAAGCGGUCAGGAUCCGAAGAAGAGGGCGAGGACAUUGAGGGGGCGGAGUUUGAGAGCAUGAGCAAAUCUCUGGACGAGGAGACAUCCCAAGAUCGGGAAAUGAUCGAUGACGGAAGUCAAGUCGAAGAGAAUUCAGCUGAUCAGGCUGGGCUGGUGCCCACCACAAUAGAAACGGAUUCUGAAUUCGACGAGCUUCCCGCGCGCCUCAAGCGGCGGGUGUCUGAUGGGGCAGCCUGCUCUUCACAAACCAGGCGGCGCCGCCGGGUGCUGCUCUCAUCGUCGGAGUCCUCGGGUGAAAACGGCAGCGUUUCCGCGUGGCAGAGCGAUGCGGCUGGGCUGGACGAGGAGGUGCAGCAGCUGGGGGGCGAUAAGCUCAUGCCUGACGCCAGCGCCAGCUUCUAUGAGCCGUCGGAGCCUGAGGACGAUGGCUGUUUCGACGAAUCUGACUUUGGGGAGGACUUCACGAGUCGGUGUUUGAUUGUGCCGCGUCCGCGGCGAGCGACCAUUGGUCAG